GCCAGUCAGUUGGUGAGCGCGCCUUCAGACGAAGACGCCACCCCCUGUCACCGCGUCUUCGCCGUCCGGGUUCGUGUGUCCGAGUCGCGUGGUCCCCGCUUGGAAUCCCUUCUUCGUCCGGUUCAAGGAUGACUCGCUCGAAAGCCCCUGCGGCCGGGAGUGGGACCGGCGAUGCCAACGGCGUCGGCUACGAGUGGGAGUACGCUCGCCCCAAAGACGACAACAAGAGCAAGUGGGAACGCAUCGCUCUCGCCAUCUACAACCCCUCGACCAACGAGAUCCUCGGCAGGACCCUCAAGAGUUGGGGUGGACUCCUGAUUUUCUAUGCAAUUUUCUACUCUGUGUUGGCUCUUCUCUUCGCAAUUUGCAUGAAAGUACUUCUCUCAACAUUGAAUGAUCAGUCACCAAGAUGGCAGCUCGAAAGUUCUAUCAUUGGAACAAAUCCAGGGCUUGGGUACAGACCCAUGUCACCCAAUGUUGAUGAUGGUUCAGUUAUAUGGUACCAGCAUAAAAAUGCAACUAAUAUUAAAAUCUGGACUUCCUCAUUGGACACAUUUCUCCAAGGAUAUAGAGAUCCACAAAGUUUACCUGGAGGCGUGACAAACCAAGUUAUCUGUGAUUAUGAGAAGGGCCCAAGCCGUGGAAAAGUUUGCGAUGUUGACAUGUCAAGGUUUGGUCCAUGCACAAGUGAAAAUGGAUAUGGAUUCCCACAAAGCAAACCUUGUAUAUUUAUCAAAUUAAACCGGAUUUAUGGAUGGGUGCCUGACUUUUACAAUGAUUCAAGAGAUCUACCGCGUGAUAUGCCAGAAUCACUGAAGAAACACAUCAGAACUAUCACGGACCCAAAACAGUUGAGAACGGUGUGGAUCAGCUGUCAUGGUGAAGGCCCAGCUGAUGUUGAAAAUGUUGGCCCGAUCAAGUACUAUCCUCAACAAGGCUUCCCAGGAUACUUCUAUCCAUUUGAGAACACUGAAGGAUAUCUCAGUCCGCUAGUCGCCGUACAUUUUCAAAAUCCUAAAUUGAAUAAUCUUAUCAACAUAGAAUGCCGCGCUUGGGCGAAGAACAUUAUUUACAGGAAAAGUCUCCACCACAGAGAGGGCUCCGUGCAUUUUGAGCUUCUUAUAGAUUAAGAGAUUCGUCAGAGAGCCAUUCUCAUGACCUGAAUUCACUCGUUAAUCUAGGCAUCUCGUCGCUUUGUCUGGAACGGAGGAAGUCCCCACCGUUCUUGUUCAAGUCAUUGUCGUAGACCCUAACUUGAACCAUCAUGGAUCAUUCAAUUUUUCCUAUGUAUGUACUUAAUCUCGUUUACCCUCCUAAAAGUGUUAAUUAGUCUGUAUUACUUUGUCAAUUUUGUUUUUCUUUUCUUUUAUCGUUUUUUCUACAUGCUAAGAGUUCAUGUACAAAUUGCCGGUCUUAAUUCUGAUGGAGCAUCCUGAAGAUCAAAUUUGAUUUGUCUAUGAAUAUUAUUUAAAGUAACAAACGUUAUAUAACUUUCUAAAAUUAGGUGCUGCCUAAACUAGAUAGAACAAAAUCAAAAUCUGACAUGGGGCUGUUGCCAAGUUUCAUGAGGGGGGCACGGCUAACUUCCUUUUAUUAUGACUGAAAUGGAACUUUUGGUCUGAAUUCCAUUGAAAAGUUGUAAUAACUUUUUUAAAUAAAAUUGCGCUCAAGAAGGUAGGGGACCUAAAAAUUUUAGAGAGAGGUAUUCCUCGAGCUCAUGCUCCCCCCCCCCUCCCCUAGUCAAGGUCCCCUUUUUUCACCAAAUAAAGUAGAAAAACUUUUCAUACACUUUGAGUUCCGAGUAUACCUCAACUUUUGUAAAAGAAAUGUUGUAUCGUUUCCUAUAAUUGAAGGCUAUAAAGUAGGAAAUAUCCACCUAAAGAAAUUUGGAGACUAUCAUAUCUCCACAUGAACUUGUUUUAUGAGGUACGAGUUUUUUCAAAUCUCUGGAUGUAGAUGGAUUAGAUAUCUCCGCUCAAUGGAUCCAGUCAAGUACCAUCAUCUUGAGCAUUCUAUUUAUUUACUCCUCUCUAUUUUUUUAUGAAUGAUUGUCAAGUAUUGUUGGACAUGAUAUGGUAUUACAAACAUGCAAGCUUUUGCUCUCAGCAGAAAUUAACAUAGUUUUUAGAUGGAUCGAAAGAAUGACACUAAUUCUGAAAGGGCAAUUUUUUGACGCAGAGAUAUUUGUACUUUUGCUAAUUUUUUUCCCCAAGAUGGUUCACAGUUGUUGGUUGUUUGUAAAUUUUGUGCCAAUCCAAGGAAACAGGCUGAUUGACAGAGUUAAAUAUCUGUAGACUAUAUAGAAUGUCAAGCUUUGAGAGGGGUGUUUCAAAAGUAGUGUCCUUGCUUCCUCACCAUUUAACUCACCAGCCUUUGUCAGGGCUGUCGGGCAUUGAAUAAUUUUCAUGGAAUCCAUCUCAAAUGUAAAACGAUCAAUUUAACUCAUUGCGACUAUAGUUCAGCUUUUUCUUCAUAUCAUACUAUUGUGGAAACAAAUAUAGAAAUGAACAGAAGAAUAAGUUUUCAUUCAACGUUUCUUUAUGGCUAUUGUGAGCAGAAUUCCCACCAGCUUGAUUGACCACCGCUCAUAUUUUCUAUGACUGUUGACUGCCUUCCAUCAUAAAACGAUCGUAAGCAUUUAAGAAGUGUUGUUUUGUUGCGUGAAAGUUUGCGUAAGAGUAAGCCAUAAUUUGUUGAUUUUGAUAUGAAGAGCCUCCUUGUGUAAAGGAAAAUCGCUUUGUGGAUUCUAAAGGAUAAUAAGGAAGUUACCAUUUUCAAUCAAAGAAAGUGAGAUGGAUCCUUCUGUUAUUUUUUGUUUAUUUUAUGAUACAUUGUGAGAUUGUAACGAAAGUGCUAGUCCAAAAACUCCUGCAGUUGAGGAGUAUAAAAAAGAAUUUUCUUCCUAUAAAUUAUUGUUAUUGGUUCAGAGGUUUGCUUCGGUGAAAGUCACCAGUGCGAGUGCAAAGAGUAACCAAAUCAGAGUGAUCAAGUGGGAAUAUGAAAGCUGAUACCAGUUUCAUUUUUUUUUAUUGCUUGUGCAUGGAUUUUAAUUCCUAAUACUCAUUGUAAGAACCUGCGAGAAAUUUUAUCCAUUAAAAUUUUGAAUCUGUGAUAUUUGAAAUCAAAGCAAGAUAGUUUGUGAACUACAAAGUUUCACGGAUUUAAUCUGGACCAAGGAAGUAUCAGUGCUUGGACUAUAUCGUUGUUUUUAAAUUUGAUCUCAAGAGAAUUUUGUGAAAUUGGCACUCUGAUUUGGUUAUUUUGUUAUGAUGUGUGUCUGUAGAGGAACCAACAUAUAGAGGUGUCUUGUGUCUUACCAAUCAAUCAAAAGAACGUCAUAAUCACUCACUGAGACUUCAGCACUGGAGUGAGGGUAGUUUAAAUCAUCUGCAUGAAGGCUAGUGUUUAACAGCAGGCUUUUUUAAUAAAUGUGAGGCAUGGAAAGCAUCAUGUUAUUUCCUAGAAUUCUAUUUGAUUUAUUUAUCUAGUUGUAGCACUUUCAGCCUCCAUUGCAGUGCUUUUUUGUCUACUGUCAUGGGUAGAAAUGUUGGUUCCUUUAUGAUUUGUUUUGAUCGCUGCCUGAGUGGCAAGUUUUGGUUUAAUUUUUUCUUUAAUAUGUUUAUCUACUUUUCCCUCAUUCGUUUUGUAUCUCCUGUUUUUGUAUUGAUUCGAGGGAUUUCUCGCCCUAUUAAAUUUUCAAAAGAAAGGCGAGUCAUUAGAUGUAAAUAAAAUUAGCAGCUUAUUGCAGGUAUAUGUAUCUUUUCUAAUGUAUGUCAAAUUCAUUCGAAGCGCCGCCAUCUGUUAUGCAGUUCCCUCAGCCUUAUAAAAUAUCUUCCUUUUUAGCGCUAAUAUGUAGGAUGUACUCUACGCUAGUGUUAUCUCGUUUAUUUUGGUUUUAUUAUCAAGUAGAUAACUGUAUAUACAAGUGUAACUUUUUGUCAAAUUAGAAGAAAAAUUGGUCAGCAUAGGCGUUAGGGCAUCUAAAAAGGAUCAAAGCUACUCCAAGAGAAAAACUAUCUUACUCUGAAUGAUUUUUACGCUAACCAUCAGUGAAAUCUCCUCGCCCAGCCAGUAUUAAGUCGUAGGAUUAGGAAUCAUUGUGUUCGUAAAAAAAAUUAGAAUUUAAGCAAGCCAUAAUUUUAUUUCCAACUAUUUUAAUUGUUUUCUACUGUAGAGGCAUCUUUUCGGUCUCAAAUUCGUUUCAAUUCCUUGCAAUUCAACCUUACACAUAAGUUAGGGUCGGCAAGUAAAGUAUCAAGUUGGAAAAGCUUUUAACUUGUCAUUUUAUAACUUUUUCAAUCAUUUUUCAGCUUUCUCAAUCGCAAAGUGAGUUUCAAUCUAACUUUGCUCUCAAUUUGUCCAUUGCUUAAAAGAUGAAAAAAGAAGCUUAGCGGUUUUAGUUAACGAGGUUAAAAUUAUGGUUUGUUUAAUCCUGCACAUUAAAACUUACUUAAUUUUUAAACCCGCUGUACUUAAUUGUAAUAGAUUAUUUUGAGUAAUUUGCACCAUGUCAAUGUUUAAGCGAAGACUUUUUUCCUUAUAUACUGUUUUGUCUUGUAACUGAAGGAGUCGUUCCUUAAUUUCGAAUACCACCAUUUCCAUUCGCUCCCCUACAUGAACUCUUUAUACUCUGAGAAUUGUCACUAUUUUAAAACUUUUUUUUAUGUUUGUUUAGUUUCAACAGAGAAAAAGAUAACUACAUAUUUGAUUGCUUGACUGAUUUUUACAAUUGUUAUAUGACAAAAUCAAACAAAUUUGUUUCAACUUGCAUUUUUGCCCAGGAUACUUUAAACUCAACUUGCUAAAUUUUUAGAUCAGUGCACCAUCGCUCGGCAUUUUUUUCACCCGCAAUUCAUAAUUGACACUGUUAGUUUCAGUACACCAUUUAAUUUCUCUCUGUUUGUGGAUAGUAUUCAUAAUGAACAAAGCACUUAAUCUUCCUUUAUUUUUUGAAUCCUUGCAAGGAGAAACAUUAAAAACCUUUGGACUAGAGAUUGGAGUGAAACAAAAAUUAAAACUGAUUUCUGAUCAAAUGUGUGUUAGGAUUAGUUGCGAUAGUUGCUUUGCUUGGAAAUGCACGUGUUUCAUCGAUCGUAGAAGUAUUGUUUCUCAAUCACUGAAGGCUUAUUUCUUUCUCUUCUACUUAAUGUUUUUAAAGACUCCAUACUUGAUCUAUUUUUAAGUAAUGCCACUUUAAUUUAAUUUUGGCUGCAAUAUCACUGCCCAGUUUUAAUUUGUGAAAAAGGAGUUUGUCAUUCAUCUCAACUCUGAUGGAGAAUUACGACGUUAAUGCUGUUAUUGACGAUAGUUUUUAAUGGGUACUUGCAUGUUUGAUGCAGAACAGUUUGAUAUGAAGAAUGUAAAAAAUUUUAGACCCUAAAAAUAAACUUUGAAAUGUCAAGAGCUCUUACACAUAAUAAGACACAUGGCCACAUCUUUUUGCGAAACAUUUCAUCACAUACGAUUUUGGAAAUAAUUAAUUUGUAAUAUUGUGGCAAAACUUGACGUGAUUUCCUAAGGACCCUGCGCCCAGGAGGAGAUUUACUGCUUCUUAGUACAUUCCGAUGAAAUUUUUAAGCGGGUCACCUUAAAUUUUAUCACUAGACCAAAGCCAAAAAAUUAGGAGAUUAUGUCGGGUAGGAGCUAUAAUAUUUGCAAUGGAACACGCAUCUGAAAGAGGCAGCUGGGAAAUUAAAGAAAGAAAGGCGGCAGGGUUGAGGAGGAUUGAGAAUAACAUGUUGUGCAAUUCAAUGCCGUUCAUUUCAAGAUGAGGAAGCUGACAAGCUCCUCGUCAUGCUACUGGUCAAAUCUGAAAAGGAAUUUUCUCAUGCAGGGGAAGUAAGUAAAGGGAACGAUGUUUGUGACAGACAAGCCUACAAGUGAUCAUCCGCAGGCAAGAUUGUAAAAGCAUCACCGUUCAAUCGCGAAUAUCUUGGCUCUUUCGUGACUGAAUCAUCUAAGUUUUUGGCUUUGACCUAUGUUGAGCCUUUUAAAUUUUAUCAAAACGUAUCAAGUGCUAGUAGAUCCUCACUUGUGCAAGGUUCUUUUAAUAUAAUUUUCAUUAAAUUUUCUCAUAAUGAUGCCUUUAACAGUCCUUAAUAGUUUUUUUUUUUCAUUCAAUUCAUACACUCCGCAGUUUGCUUAAGUAUUUAUCUUAGUGGAUUUAGCAAUAUUGUAUUGUAAAUAUGAUCACGCAGUGGAAGAAUUUCAAGUAAAAAGAGAAAGUUAUGGAAAAUUACAUUCUAAUGUUUGAUUUCGAAUUUUUCACAGGCCAUGCAAGAGAGUCAGAAAGCAGUUUUGUCACCUACUCUUACUAUAAAAAGGUGAAAACUGUCCUUGAAUAGGAAUAAUUUUUUAUGAAAAGAUAAUAUUGAUAUUAGAGAAGCUCCCCAUCUUGAAAUCGUCCCUUUGGGGAAGUUUUCACCCCCGGCACUUUCACUUACCACAACCUUGACUUUCAAAUAAUCAUCUAUUUCCGUUUUUACCUGCAAACACUAGAACUGCCUCAUUUAAGAAACAAGUAGGUCACGUAAAAGUUAAGGAUUGCGAUUCAAAAGCUUUGGGAAAGAGACCUUUUAAAUGUGAUGGAGCCUUGCGAAUAAACAGCAAGAUUGCUCCACUUUUUAACUAUAUGUUGUAAGUAGGUAUCCAGGGUAUGUUCAAUUCGAUGCAUUUUUCGCCUCUCUCGGAAUUUUUUGAAUCAAUUUGUAAUUUUACUAUCAAUUUGUUAUAAGAUGGCACCCGAAAGCAGUACAACCAGAUUUUAUUUUCUUCUUGUAUCGAAAUAUUUGAUGUAGCCUUGCUGAAGCUUAUUUUCUUUGCAAAAGAAUUGUUGCUGUACCUUAUUUGGAGAUUUUUCAAAAUGUUUCGUUGUGUAAGCAGCCCAUCAAGUGAAGGAAAACAAAACAGAAAAUGAUUAUGUUUGUACCUACGGACACUUGUUUGAAUUUUUAUAAAUUAUUUUUUUAAUAAAAUCUCCUAUAAAUUAAAA